AGAGACAGCCUUCCCUCGCUUCACGAACUGGGCAUUAAUCAUCGCACCUUGCAAAACCUGGAUAUGCCAUGGCUGCUCUUCCAGAUCUCCCACUCGGUCAGGACCGCCUCAUCUGAGUCUGACGCCACGUGCUGUGGGCCGCACAGCAGGACAGAGAGCAGAGCUGCCCUCAGCAGAAAGCUGGCCUGCUGCACUGCAAGGACAAGAGCAUCACAGUGGGAAGGAAACACCCCUGGCUAAUGCUGUGUUUUGGGCAGCGAGGAAAGGGAACUUGGCUCUACUUCAGCUGCUGCUCAACAGCGGGCGCGUGGACGCAGACUGCAGAGACAGUGUACGGACGCUGCAUGUCCUGGCUGCUCAGCUGCACGCUUUAACCAUAACCCACCUGUGUAUGGAACGACAGCGCUGAUGGUGGCGUCAUACAGUGGCCACUAUGAAUGUGUCAAAGACCUUAUCAUGCAAGGAGCCGACAUCAACUACCAGAGAGAGACAGGUUCUACUGCCCUGUUCUUCGCCUCCCAGCAGGGUCACAAUGACAUUGUGAAACUCCUCUUUGAAUUCGGUGCCUCCACUGAAUUCCAGACAAAGGACGGUGGCACAGCUCUCACUGUCGCCUCGCAGCACGGACACUCCAAGGUGGUGGACACCCUGUUGAAGAAUGGAGCCAAUGUUCAUGACCAGCUGAACGAUGGUGCCACCUCUCUGUUUCUUGCUGCCCAGGAGGGCCAUGUGACUGUGAUUCGUCAGCUGCUUUCAUCUGGUGCCAAGGUUAACCAAGUGAGGGAGGAUGGCACUGCCCCCCUGUGGAUGGCAGCUCAGAUGGGUCACAGUGAGGUGGUGAAGGUGCUACUCUUACGUGGUGCAGAUCGGGAUGCUGACAGACAUGAUGGAUCAACAGCGUUAUUCAAAGCAGCUUUUAAGGGACACAACAGCGUCGUCGAGGAACUUCUCAAGUUUUCUCCUUCACUUGGCCUUCUCAAGAACGGCUCUACUGCCCUUCAUGCAGCUGUUAUGGGUGGAGAUGUUCGGACUGUUCUGCUGCUGCUCGGGGCCAACGCAGACCCCACACUACCCAACAAGAAUAAUGAACUCCCUGCAGAUCUUACAAAGAACGAUCGCAUCCUAAAGGUUUUACAUCCAAAAAUCUUAAAUGGAGGCAGCUGAUGACAACCCAGACUCCUGCCUUCAUGCCUGCCUGUACCACACUGAUGAUAUGUACUGAGGGGCAAAUCUGCUCACCUACAACAUGUACUGUACAUGGUGCUUGCUUUUGAUUGAGGCUGAAACUAAGCUGUCAUAUGUUGAAUAAACCUGGAUAAAAUCUAGAGCAACAAUGUGCGACCAAAAUGCAUUUAUCUGCCAUGUGCAUCUCCUUUCCGCCAUUGUUCUACAGUAUAUGCAUUUAUUUUUGUUUACCCCAGGUGUUGUAAGAUUUCUAGAUAUUUUGCACACGUUUUAUUUGCCUUUUUAAUAGAUGUAAUAAACUGUAAAUUUGUUAUUCAAUCCAUAA